CUUCCCUUCCCAAUUCCACAUUCCUUGGAAGGCAGUGAGUGCAGGGCAGUGGGGCUGGUUGUUUACCCUGUAGUUUAAUAGUAGAGAAACACCAGGGCGCUCACUAGGAUCAUCCUCACGCCCCAAGCCAGAGCCUCUGCCACCUGAUGGCCAUGGUGGAGAAAACCAGGUUCCCAGAGUGAAUUCUGGAAGGUCUUGACAUUUGCCCUUGUGGCCGCACCCCACCCCUCCCCAUGACGGCUCACAUGCAGUGUCUCCUGGGCCCAUGUGCUCUCAUGCCCAUCCUCCCUCAUUCUCCUCUUCCCAUGUGUCAGUUGACACAGAGUCUGAGCGAAAGGUCACAGACCAGCUUCUGCUGCUCUGAUGACAGCUAGGGGAAAAGACUAGAGCUCUGUGCCCAGUGCUUCCGGGCUUAGCAAGCACUCUUGGUGUCCUACCCCCCCGACACACAUGCUUGGGGGAGUUUUCUAGUCUACAUCCGGGUAAACUGAGGAGCAGGAUGGCAGUGAUCUGUCUACUCAGGCAGAAGGGCUUGGGUGUCACAGGCACAGGGGUUGAGCUUCCUGAGAGCUCAGAGCCCAGGCUCAUAGCCUCAGUGCUCCCAUGUCCAUUUCAGCUCUCCUUCCUGAGAGCAGCAUGUGUCAGGUCACAGGUGUCAUCAGUACCUGUAGGUAAGGAUGCUAUUUAGGGCUUGGCAUAGUGGCUUAUGCCUGUAAUCCCAGCAUGCAGGAGGCUGAGGCAGGGGGAUCAUGAAUUCAAGGCAUGCCUGGUCUUCAGACUAAAACCCUGUUUAAAACAAUAACAACAACAAAAGAACCCUCUAUUUCAAACUAGCACAACCGUGCCUGGAGCACCCUAGGUUUCCUGUGGGGACACCGUCCACUGCUUACCUGUCCCCAUCCCAUUCUAUCUCUCAGGCCCAGUGGCCACUCCCAACUUAACCCUUGCCACAACAGUUAAGGAAGAGCACCCACACUGUUGAUUCUCUGGUGCUCAGGACCCCAGGUCCUCUGGCCUGGAGCAUGUGAACCUGCCGUUCAUCUCACAGGGUACUGUUGCCCUCAGACUGCCUGAACCUAGCUCUGAGCGGGACCUGUUGUUUGGCAGCAUAGUGUCUCAGAGGGCGAGCCAGAUAUAAUGGACACAGGUGGAAUCCCAGUACUUAGGCAGCUGUAGCAGGAGAGUCACAAUCCAAGGCCCGCCUGGGCUACCUAGUCUCAACAGAACCCAAGACCCCAGAGCUGUGUCCUCAGGUCCUAGAGCAAGAUGGGCCACCAGGGUAUAGUUAGGUUCUUGCUGAGGACCCCGCCUUGCAGGCCUCGGUGGUCGGGGAUGCAGGUGAGGCUUGCUUUCUUCAGUCCCCCUGGGGCCCAGAACCAUGGAGAAGGGGGAAGCCCAUUGGGCAAUGUGGAUGGACUGAAUCUUCCUUAUGCUAAGGGGGCUAACGAUGCAUCCUGGCCUUCUGCCUUGGAGGGCACUGAGCAUGAAGGACCCACAGCCAAGUCCUCAGCAUGCCAAGGGUGGUGUCUGAGGGAGAGAAAGUACCACCUCUGUACCCACCAGCCUGCUCAGCCCCAGGUACUAAUUAGGCCUCACCCACCAGGAUGGAGGCGGUGCUCAUUACCCGGCCUUUCGGUCGGGCUUGGAAGGGUGAUGAACAGGUUGGCUGAGGUCAUCCCAGAGUCAGGAAGGCAGUUUGGGCAGGAAACAGAAAUGCAGAGCCCCAAGUUCUUCCCUGGUGGCUAUUCUGAGCUGCCACCCUGGCUGGGGUGAGGAACUGUCUUUGCACCCACCGUCAUUCCCUCGCUCAGGCUCCACGGCAAGCCUCAGUGCCAUCUAGACUUGUCACACACAAGGAGAGCCUCCUCGUCUUGAUCUCUGUCCUCCGUGACACCUGUGCCCUGCCCCUCCCUUUGUUGCUUUGUGGGAUGGAGGAGAAGCCAUCAGCUGAGGGGUUCAGCUGAGUGAGGACUAUCUCUGCUCUCACACAAAGCCAUAAGUGUCCCCCUGCUCCCAUGAGACUGGCCUCAUCACCCUUUCCUUGGUCUUCUGCUGCCUUGAUAUGCUGGAACCUUAAAAGCCUUCUGAGGCUGUAGUACUGUUGCUAAUCAUCAUGGACUCUGUGUGUGUGUGUGUGUGUGUGUGUGUGUGUGUGUGUGUGUGUGUGAGGAAGAGAGAGAGAGAGGGAGGGAGAGAGAGAGAGAGAGAGAGAGAGAGAGAGAGAGAGAGAGAGAAAACCCACAUCUUCCAUGUCCCCUUCCAUUGUUCUCCAUUUAUUUUCAAAGCUGGAGCUCAGUGAUCGUCCGUGGGCUGGCCAGCAAGCUCUGGGGAUCUGCCUGUCUCCGCCUCCCCAGUGCUACAGUUACAGACACACAGUCUCCCCCAGUUUCAUACAAAUGCUGGAUCCAGUGCUCGCGUUGGCAUAGCAAGUGCUUUACCAACUGAUCUACCCCACCCCUUGCCCUUUUAUGAUUGUAAUUAACAAAAGUGUGAAAGAGGGCAAGCGAAUAUACUAUGUCAUUAAUGAAUUCAUUAACAAACUAACUGCAGUCUUCUUGGGUAGCCUAAGGCCUGUGUGGUCCUAGCUCCUUUGUCCUCUUAGCUGAGGUUCCCCACGCUUGGGUGAAGGGUGCCCAGAAGGAGGGACAUGCUGACCUACUACUACUUCAGGGCUUUGCCCCAGCAAAGUUGGGAUUGAGUUUGGGGCUGGUGUUGGCCAGAUCCUGAGUGGGUAGCACCUCCCAUGACGAUGUGGGUAGGGAAGGAGAGAGAGUGUGUGGGCUGCCACAGUAUCCUUGAGGGAGACACAUCUGGGGUCAGUGAAGCCUGAGACUAGCAGGACAGCUGGGGGAGGCUGGGCCUUCCGAGACAGAGAGGUCAGAAGUGAAGAGCCCCACUGAGGGUGUGAGGGCCACUCAGAGCUGGCAGGAAGACUUAGCAAGGCUGGGCUAUGAUUGGGAGCUGCCAAGUUAAGACUGGCAGCCAGCAGGAAGAGUGACAGGGUCAGGGACUGGGUUGGCUUCAGAGGUGUGACUUGGUGCUGUUUGAACCAAAGGAGACCUGGGUAGGCAGGGAUUGUGGGGGAGGGCUUGGGGGAUGGGAACAGCCAGAAGGAGGAAUGGAAGAAAGCCGUGAUAAGGGCAGAGUCUGGUGGGAUCAGGAGGGUGUCCCUAGCAACACAGAGCACCCUCAAGCCUUAGCCGGGCCAGUGGGCAGUACUUGGUGAGUAGAGGGAGUGUCGUCUCCCUGGUCUGCUGAAGGGGCUGGCACAAGUUGGCAGGGCCCCAGAAGUCGGGUCAUGAAUGAACGCUGCAGUCUCUCAGGCAGAAUGUGACACACGCUGGGGACAAUCUCAGUGCUGGGCUCCCACCCACCUCUGCUGUCUCCAUGUUGCUGCAUAGAGUGGCACCUCCCUGGAACCUCCCCGUCACUGGACAAACCCAGGCAUCCCCUGGCAGGGCAGAGCAUAGCUCUGUGGAGACCACCAGACGAUUUCUCCCCAGCCUCCCACUGGUUUACGAUCCAGUUUCUCAGGAAGGAAAUUACCAGAUGGCCUGGCUAACUGGAAAGACAGCCUAGCCCGGGUCAGAGGGUGGAAACCAAAUCAUUGUUCACCGGCUACAGGAAGUCCAUCUUCUCCAGCAGCAAGGGGAACAGGAAGGAAGAUGCAGAGAGACAGGACCCCUGGGAAGCCUGUGAGUACAUCCACACCCACAUGCUAUGGGGGCCAGCCUCCCCAAUUCCCUUCUGUGGAUAGGGAGAAUAGUUGGCUGAGGCCACUGGACUUGCUGGGGUACUACUAUUAGGUGCCCACAGCCUCAACAGGGGAACCCCACUGGAGGGUGCCCCAAGUAGAACUGACUGGAUUGAGGGUCCCCAAGGCCAGAGCUCUACAGCCAAGGACAGAGACUGGCUAUGGUUCUGAGGCCUUGACGGCUGCUCCCAGCUGUCAUUAGGCCAUCCCCAGCUGUUCCUCCCCAAGCUGCAGCCCACACCUUAAGGUGGCCAUAGGGACAUUCCCAGGGCAGAAAAGCUGGGACGGGUGCUCUAGUGACACAGUCAGACCCCUGACGUGGAUGGGGCAGCUUAAACAGCCACUCUGCUCUUGGGCUCUCCCAGCUGUGCCUGCUGGGAGGAGCAUCUCCAGGAGCAACACCAUAGCAAGCCUUGAAGAAUAUCACUUUUAGAAGAGAAAUGAAAGCAAGUAUUAUUCUGGCUUUUUUUUUUCCCCCAUCUGAAAUAAAAGUUCUGAUGAGUAAGAAAAUUUUGAACAGCAGUUACCCGCUAGCUGCUAGACAAAGCUUAUCAGGUGUUCCACACUCACAAGCUGGCGAGAAGCACGCCCCCCUGAGGUACAUCCAGAUAAACAGCACAGCAUAGCUCUCAGAUCCAGGCCAUGGCAGGCAGCACAUGAAUAUGGAGGGAAUUCUCCCCAGACAGACACUACACAGUUCCACACGAUGCUUUCCCUGAAGCCCGGCUGCUCGCCCAGCGCGGGCCCUGAGCCCUACCUCCUGCCCCCACUUCUCACUGCAGGCCAUUAGCAGUCCAGGCAGCUGCUGUGCCCACCAGGCCGCAUGGGGGGUCACAGAGGGCAAACAGUCCUGCCAGGCCACAGCGCCGCUGCCAAGGAGUAGCUCUCCCCUGCUCUUGUGGCCCCGGACAGGGUCACACGCAGGCACAUCUGGCAGUGCACGUGUGGGAGGCUUUGAGCCCCCUGCCCCAGCUCGGGUGUUUUCAAUUCUAAGCCUGCCCUGUGCCACCACUGUGCCUUCAAAGAGCCUUGUGUGUCCCUGGGCCCGCAGUAAGAGCAGCCAGCAUCUCUAUGGCGGAGUCUCAGAGACGUCCAACUAUUUUGUCCUUAGUUCUACAGACAAACGUCUGUUCAGUUGACUUCCUUAAGGGAAAAGGGAACUCAGGACUGAACUAAACUGCUCCAGGUCCCAGGAGCUGAGCUGCCUGUCCCGAACCUGCAGGCCCUCCCUGCCCAGGGGCUGGAUGCUCUUCAGGGCAGAUACAGAACACCCCUCCACCCACCCACCCCCAGCACAGCGCAGAGGAUGUGAGCACACUUGAUCUGGAGGGCAGAAGUGCCGCCUCUCCUCCCGAAACCAGCUGUAAACACAGAUAGGGAGGGGCCUCCGUGACUGCCAAGGGAGGCAGCAACUUUGUGAGUAAUUGACUCAAGGAAAACAAGUGUGGCAGGAGUUGUGUGUGGUGCUCACGAGCAUCGCUGGCUGGGGCUCCUGAGACACAGGCCCUGGCCCGGCAUGCUGCCUGCUGCUAGCCUCUGGAGCCCACAGCACAGAGGAAGGAGGGACUUGUAAUAAAGCUGCGAAGCUGGGGUGAGCUGCCAUGUGGAGCUGUGGCCCACUCAACAGCACAGCGUGGACUGAGGAGCCACUGUGCCGGAACCUGCGCCUGGGGCUGUGGGUCCUCUCGCUGCUCUACCUGGGGGCAGGGGUCCCCGUGAGCUUAGGCUACAAUGCUCUUCUAGUGCUGGCCAACUUGGCCAGCAAGAACACCAUGACCAUGCCCGACGUGUACUUCGUGAACAUGGCCGUGGCGGGGCUGGUGCUCACAGCCCUGGCACCUGCGUACCUGCUGGGCCCUGCCCACUCCAGGUGGGCCCUGUGGAGCCUCAGCAGUGAGGCCCAUGUGACACUGCUCAUCCUGUUCAAUGUGGCUUCCCUGGUGACCAUGUACUCCACUGCACUGCUGAGCCUUGACUACUACAUUGAGCGUGCCCUGCCACGCACCUACAUGGCCAGUGUGUACAACACCCGGCACGUGUGUGGCUUCGUCUGGGGAGGGGCGGUGCUCACCAGCUUCUCCUCCCUGCUCUUCUACAUCUGCAGUCACGUGUCUUCUAGAAUCGCUGAGUGUGCCCGGAUGCAGAACACGGAGGCAGCCGACGCUAUCCUUGUGCUCAUCGGCUACGUGGUGCCAGGUCUGGCUGUGUUGUAUGCCCUGGCACUCAUCUCAAGGAUCAGGAAGGAAGACACGCCCCUGGACCAGGACACCAGCAGGCUGGACCCCUCGGUGCACAGGCUGCUGGUGGCCACCGUGUGCACUCAGUUUGGCCUCUGGACACCUUACUACCUGAGCCUGGGGCACACGGUGCUGGCGUCACGGGGGAGGACCGUGGAGGGGCAUUAUCUGGGCAUCCUACAGGUUGCUAAAGACCUGGCCAAGUUCUUGGCCUUCUCAAGCAGUUCUGUGACACCGCUGCUCUACCGUUACAUCAACAAAGCCUUCCCCAGCAAGCUCCGGCGGCUGAUGAAGAAGAUGCACUGUGGGCGCCGCCACUGCUCCCCCGACCCCUCGGGGAUACAGCAGGUGAUGGCACAGGCGUAGCUAACCCUCCCUGGGCUGACGUCCUGAAGAGGGCCUGACUGCGAGGAACACUAAAACUCAACUGGACACAUAGCACUUUGUUCCCCAGGCACACGGCGCUUCCAGCCCCGGAGACACACUGAAGCCAGAGAUGCACAGCGGGGCAUUUCUCUUGGCAUUUUCUGUUUUCCCCUAAAAGGCCAACCUUGGUCUUACGCUGCACUGUGGAAAGCAGGGGUGCCUUGUGUGAACGGGCUGCUUCUAACUAACCUUCCUUCCCACCUUCUCCCUCAAGGUGUGCCUUUCUCCCAGGGACAUCUGCAAGGUCCAAGUCCUCAAAAGCAGGCUGACCUUCGGCCUCCCUGGUAUUUGGGCUUUGUAAAUGAAGCGAUGAAAUCUAAAGCCAGUAUUUAUACUUCAUAUUGACAUGAUACUUGAUUCUCCUAUAAUUAUUUUUUUAAAAAAUAGAAGUGUUAGAAAGAUACCUAGUAUUAAGAAGGCGGCACUUCAGGGGAAUGUGGCUGUCGCCGAUACCAGUGUUACAGCUUGAGGACAGGACAGUGUACCUGUCAAGCUGCAGCAGCUACACAGCCAUUGCUGACAGUGACAGCUAUGGAGCACUGGCCCUCUCCCCAGCCACACAUGUCUGGCACCUCUCCUCUACUGAGAGAGGAUCUUUCCAGUGCUUCAACAUAUGCAUAUACAUAAAUGGAAGAAAAAGGAGUGUGUUCUCUUAGUGCCAAAGGCCUUCCGGAGAUCUGGAUGUGGUAGAGGGCUAGCUAGGCAUAGAGGGAAAGGCAGGUUGUAUGAGACCACCGCUCCAAGAUGACCAGGGACUGGCAUCAGAGGAAGGGCCCUGCUGGGCCAGUUUCACACAGCUGUGGGGUGGCACAUGAGGAGGCUCACCUCCCACAGGUGUGUGCAUCCAGGCCUCACCCACCUGCUUCUGGGGCCUCUUACCAUCCUCGUGUUUGGUGACUAUCUAAUGUGGGCAUGAAAAGAAUUCCCACCACCCAAAUUCUCUCAGCUACAUGGCAUCCCCAGUUCUAAAGGCCUCCAUGUGCCCAUCUCACCCCCGCCUCUACAGAAGGUGGGUGUGUGACCUGCACUCCGUGGCCUUCCUGCAUGGCCCCACAGCUGGUCCUGGUUGUCUGGGAACUGCUGCUCUGAGUCAGUAACUUCAGUGUUAUCUGUUCUAUGCAAGCUCCAUCUCCUUGGACCGUGACUGCUCCAGUUAAUCUGCCUUAAGGAGAAUUAGGGAGAAACAUGAGGCCCACAGCCCUACUAUGACCUACUGGGCAUGCUCUGUGGGCCUCAGUUCAUGAAUAAACCAAAGGGCUGGUUACACAGGC